AAAUCCUAAUUUAAGCUGCAAUUUCCCUCUUACCUGCUACUCGUACUACUGAACACACCAUUAAAAAUUACAAAAACUUGUAGACUUGUUUGGUCAAUGCAAAUAGUUGCUACCCAGGAUUAUAUUUACCCAAGUUGUAACUUGCAAUUCAAUCCCCAGAAAAUGUUCGUUCGAAGUUUGGAACUGAAACUGGGAAUCCAGAAUUUCUGAGGAAUAAGGCUGUGUACAAGCUAAUCCUGCUUCUGGUGGGAUCUUCAUCUGUUAUUCCUAUGAAGGAAAGAGUUACCCAUGAUGUUGUAUUAUCAAUUCUUAAUGAAGUAGCACUUGAAAAAAGUACUGAAAUUCCUUCUGAAUUUACAAUGAUAAACCCCAUCAUGUCAACUCCUCAAACACCACCCUAUUUUUUUUUAAAUGAACUUUCCAGAAGACGCGCUGCUAUGGCUAGUUCAGCUUUCUCUAAAUCCAAAUCCAGGUUUUUUGAGCCACCAUAUCCUAGUUAUGAUAUGGUGAGUUCAAACACUUUCCAUACACAACAAAAGGAUGAAGAAAAUGAUGAGGAUGUUUACAGAUCCAUUGAUCAUCUUCAACCAGAUCAUCUGCCUUUUCGUAAGAAAUUGAAUUUUUUUGUUUUGGUGGAGAUUAGUGUAUUGAUUAGUUUGAUGGGUUUAUUCAUCACUAGCUUAAUUGACUACAAUUUGCAAGAUACCACAUUAUGGAAUUUAGAGCUUUGGAAGUGUUGUGUUCUUUUUACAGUAAUACUUUGUGGUAGAUUGGUCACAAAAUGGUUCAUCAACAUUCUUGUUUACUUGGUGGAACGAAAACUACACUUCACAAAGAAAGCUCCUUAUUUUGUUAACGGGCUGAAGAAAAGUGUACGAGUUUUCCUUUGGUUUAGUUUUGUUCUUCUUGCGUGGAUUUUGUUGGUUGUUCGCGGGAGCAACAACAGAUCAAGGAAAGCCAAAGAAGUAUUACAUUGUAUUACAAUGGCUAUAACUGGGUGUAUAUUCGGGGUUGUAAUUUGGAUACUGAAGACUUUACUGAUUGAAAGUUUAGCUCUAUGUUUCCAUGUCAAGAGGUUCUUUGAUCGGAUUCAAGAUUCAUUAUAUGAUCAAUACGUGCUUCAAAUUCUUUCUGGGUCAAGAAAUGUUAGUCAGUUGAGUUUAGAUAAAGGGUUAAAAGAAGAAGUUAUUAAUGUGAAAAAACUUCGAGUUACAAACCAAGAAAAUGUUUCUGCAUGGACCAUGAAAGGAUUGAUCAAUGUUGUAAGGAAAACAAAGUUGUCUAUUAUUUCAGAUAGAAUUGAAUUUGGUGAAGAUGACAACAUAGUUGAGCAAAACAAAGAGAUCAAGACUGAAUGGCAAGCAAAAGUUGCUGCAGUAAAAAUCUUCAAGAAUGUUGCUAAACCUGGUUAUGAGUAUAUUGAAGAGGAAGAUCUCUUGCGUUUCAUGAAGAUGGAUGAAAUAAACAAAGUAAUUCCUUUAGUUGACGGAUUUACUGAAACUGGAAAGAUCAAGGAGUUGGCCUUAGAGAAAUGGGUGGUUAAUGCUUACUUGGAGCGCAAGUCACUUGCUCAUUCAUUGGAUGAUACUAAAACAGCAGUGGACAAGUUGAAUAUCUUAGCUUCAGGGGUGGUUUUGAUUGUUAAUGUUAUUGUGUGGAAUCUAAUAAUGGGAUUCUUGAGCACCAAAAUACUCAUCUUUGUUACGACUCAGCUCUUGCUUGCAGCGUUUAUGUUUGGCAAUUCAGUCAAGACUGUGUUUGAGGCAAUCAUAUUCGUAUUUGUCAUGCAUCCAUUCGAUGUGGGUGAUCGUUGUGUCAUUGAUGGUGUUCAGAUGACCGUUGAAGAGAUGAACAUCUUGACCACAUUGUUCCUGAGAUAUGACAAUGAAAAGAUUUCCUAUCCAAAUUCUGUUUUGGCAACCAAACCUAUCAGCAACUUCUACCGGAGCCCAGAAAUGAACGACUCGGUGGAGUUCGCAAUUAACUUCUCCACUACGGUAGAGGCCAUCGCUGCUCUAAAGGACAGGAUUAAAUCGUAUAUAGAAAGUAAACCACAACAUUGGAGACCAUGUCACAGUGUGCAGAUGAAAGACAUUGUGGACAUGAACAAGAUUAAGAUGACUCUUUAUGUGACCCACACUAUUAACUUCCAGAACAUUACAGAGAAAAACAGCAGAACAUCUGAUCUUGUUCUGGAAUUAAAAAAAGCCUUUGAGGAGUUGGGAAUUAGGUAUCAUCUUCUGCCUCAGGAAGUUCAUGUUACAUAUACAUCAACUUGUUAA